CUCGUUAAUUUAUCGAGAUGUUUGUAAUACUUAUUGUAUAUCUUUUGAUUACACAAGCCAUUUGUAUUGAUAAAGAUGAUCCGCAUGCAUGUCUUGAUACUAACUUAAGUGAAUAUUACUGUUGUUCAGAGUAUGAAGAUUUAAAGGGAAAAUGUACGGCUUGUAAACUUGGUUUUAAGUCCAGGAAUGGCCAGCCCUGCAAACCUUGUCCUGAAAAUCUUUACGGGCACGGAUGUUCAUCGCUUUGCGAAUGUAGUGCGUUGCACAGAUGUGACCAUGUCAGAGGAUGUGUAUUAAAAGAAGUAUCAUCUACAGACUAUUCAAUAACUGAACACCUAACAUCGGUUUUGAUAGCAACGUCUGGAUAUACAACUUAUGACAAGGCUAAAAGCAGUCAAGGUCCUGUUGAAGUAAGCACAGAUGAGGGCAUGACAGUAUCGAUUUCUUGGGAAAACGGAAUAUCAAAGAAUCACUUGCUAAUAUACUCAGGAACAUUAACUGGAAUCAUACUUCUUCUAGCGUUGGUUUUCUGUUUGAAUAAUGUUAGAAAAAGAAAGACAAAAACAUUGCCAGAGGUGCCGGCUGACGAAAACAUAGUGCAAACGGGUAACGACGAUAACGAUCAUGGAAGGUCCGAUAAUUUUGAGAUGAACGAAGACGUUUAUCAUACCAUUGAUGAAAAUACUAUGGAAACUACAGCGAUAGACAAAUGCAGUCCUUAUUUAGAAGUAAUAGAAGGGUCAUCGAGUUCUGAAAGUAUGCCAAAUUCUCCAAGUGAUACGUCUAGUUUUCCAAAGCCAUACAGUUGCUUAAAAGAAGAAGAAUUUGUAAACCAGAAAAAGACUUUAAACUUAGAAAUAAAUAAAAAUGUCCAUGGGCAACAUAAUGCUGUCAACUUAAUAGAUAGUGUAGAAGAAGGUUGUGACGAAUGUGUUACACCAAAUCCAUGCAUAACCUUAGCAGAUACGGCUCAAGAUUCUAUAAGCUAUCAUAAUACAACUCAAGUGGUCGUCCACAAAGAACAAUCAAGCUCAUCAGAUUCGGAAUACGAAAUACAAGACAGCAAUAACUAUCUUAAUCCGUAUGUGCCUUUAAAAAAAGAAAAAGAUGCAUACUCAUAUGACAUUCCUUUCAAAACUACUGGAGAUAAUACUAGCUGAUUAUGGAACAAGGGAAAUCACAAAUUGAAUGAAUAUUAAACCAACAAAAGAUCUGAACUAUAUGAUAUAUGUUUUAGUAUUUUGUUAUUGUUUUGUGUGCUUUGUAUCGAUCUAAUAAUUUAAGCACUAUCUAACUGAUUUGUUUAAGAAAAUUUGUUUUUAUAUUUUGAUCUAUUAAAACCCUAU